AUGUUACUUCUCGAAGAGUUCUUUGACUCUGCAUUGGUCAUUUCCAGGUGCAGUAAUGAAGGCAAGAAAGAGCUGGUGGAUUUGUUUUUACCAGCACUAGGGCACAUGGUGACAGAAGCAAAUAUUUGUUGUUCACUGCAUCAGGAGGCUUUGAGGACCCUCAACUCUAUACUAGACAGUGUCCCACGGGAGGAAAGAAGGAAAUUCCCUCUGUCAGAAGAGAUGUGCUCGCUCACGAAAGACCUUGCAAAAACUUUACUGGAGGCUGGUGAUUAUGACCUCCAAGUUGCCAUUUCAGAAGCACUUUGUAGGUUAAUGACAAAAAAAUGGAGGGAUGACCUUGUUCACCACUGGUUUGAAGAUAGCUAUCUUGCUGAAGCUUUCAAAGAGAUCAAGGAUAGAGAAUUUGAGACGGACUGCAGAAAAUUUCUUAACCAGCUAAAUGAAAGGCUUGGAAGUGAAAGAAGAGUCUACUCAUUUCCUUGCUUAUCUGCUUUUGCUGACACUAUUGAGGUGAAGAAGCCAUCAGAUGAGAAGCUGGAGAAGUUCUGGAUUGACUUCAAUGCUGACAGCCAGAGUGUGACUUUCUAUGUGGACAGUAAUGAGGGAGCUCUCUGGGACUCUGUGAGGCUGUCAAAAGAAGCAAUCAGCAGUUACAGCCUGCAGGAGAGUGAUGGAAAAAAGAUUGUUAAAAUCUACAUGAAGAUUCCUGCCAUCCUCAAUAAAAUAAAAGCAACAAAAAUCCAAAUAUCUUUCAGUGCGGAGUUUGAAAUCUUAAGUAUACUUAGAAAAGUCCUGGGAGAUGAAAAAAUGAUGAUAAAUGUGGCUGAAGAGGAGUCUGUCCAUGCUGGGAAGCAAGCCAGGCAGACUGAAACAGUGAUACCUGAGUACACUAAUUCACAGGCCAGGAAAGAUUCUUCAGCCUCUGAAAGCAUGGGCCCUGUAUCAGACAAUUUAGCCUCUCAGCAUGACCAGCAGAAAAUGGUUAACUCUGGUGUCACCAUAUUUACACAGAGCCUGCAAACUGAUACGGAAGAUGCUGGCCAAACCAAAAAGUCCAGAACUCCAUCUCCAAGGACAAAAGCUAAGCCUAGUGAGAAGCUCUUAGAAGAAGAACCUAUGGAGGAAUCGCCACCAAAGAUUCUUCCACUCUCUCCUUUUCAGAAGGAUGUUACCCGGGGAAAAAGAAACAGGAAACAGAGUGUGGCCAAGCAGAGGGCUGAAGGCAGGAAGGAAGUCUAUGACUUUGAAAACUCAGACUCUGCAAGUCAUGAAAAGGUUACUAAAGCCAAAGGAAAGAUUUUUGGUCAGAAAAUCUCUUCACAAAAUCAGAGGACUUCUGAAUCAAGAAACAAGAAUGAGGAACCAAAGAAUCUCAAGAGAAGGCCGUCCAAUUACAGGAAACAUCUCUUCUCUGAAAGUGACAAUGAAGAUGCAAGUCCUAGUCAGAGUGAGAAAAGCUGGAUCCUUGACUCCCAGAAGCACUCACUGCCAAAGUCUCUUGACUAUUCCCGAAAAAGACCGAGGGUGAGAAGUAAAUUAAAAGUGCUUCCAGUGUCUUCCGCAAGUAGCGGCAGUGACUACCAGAAAAAGAAGCAGGAACCAUCAAGGCGAAGAGCACAAAAGGAGAUGCUAAGGAAAAAAAGCACAUCCCGUUCCAAGGCAGACAAUUUACCUACAGUGAUUCUUUCUGAUGAAAUGGUCCCAGAGCUUGAAGAGGAUACACUACCAGUACAUGUGUCUGCCAAGGGCUAUUCCAGUGGUGAGGAGAAGGCCACACAGGAGUUCCAUGAAGCAGCUGGCCAACCAUCAGGAGAAAAAGGAAUUUUUACCUGGAAUGACUCAGAUAUAUUAAGCAGUACUGCUAUUAAAAAGCCUAAAUUUUCCAGUUGGGAAAAAACCACUUUGUUCUCUGACACUUCCAAUAAACAAAGGAAACAUUUUGAUUCAGAAGAGAAGAUCCAAACAGGCCAGGAAAUGGAUGAUAGUGUGGAUGAUGCAUUUUUUCCCAAGGCACUGCAUGAAGACUUCAGUGGUUCAGGAGUGAUUGCUGCAUUUGAAAACUUCACCAGCCAGCUAAAGAAAUUGUUCUGGCACCGGAACAAAAAGAUGGAGGCCAGCGCACAGAACACUCUGAGGACUUCAGAGAGGAAUCUGUCCACCCUGCUGAACCAGAUACAUGAGUGCAGGCUGAGUAAGCUGGAGACUUUCCAGAAGAUUGUUAUUGAAGAGCUUGAUGGUCUUGAGAAGGAAACUCAAAUCUUGGCAAAUAUGGAGAAGGACGCAGUGGACUUCUGGAACACGCAGUUACUCAAACUGAACUCUUUCUGCAACAUGCAAAAGCAAAGAAUUCAGUCUGUUGACUCAGCCCUGGGUGAAACAGCCAGGACUUCUACUGCCAGUAUCCAGAAUACAAUGGGGAUGAUGCUGUACCAAGUGGUUGUUUACCUGCCUGUCCUAUAUCGAUACAAUAGUUCAUCCAAGAUCUUGAGUGCUGCUGUUACUCAGUAUCAAGACUUCCUAAAGGCUGCAUACCAACAGUGA